AUGCAUCUGCAUCCGGCACCACUUGUCAUGGCUGAACCACAUCAUGUGGAUAUCGCACCUGUGGCCAUAGCUCCACCAGUCGUUGCUCCACCAGAAGUUAUUCAUCCACCACCAGUUGUCGCUGCACCAGAAGUUAUUCAUCCACCACCAGUGGUUGCACCACAAAAAGUCAUUGUUCCACCACCGGUCGUUGCACCACAACAAGUCAUAGCACAACCUGUACCGGUACCGGUGGAAGUCCACGAACAUCCUCGAACUGAAGUUCGCAACGUCGUAAGUCACUACGCCAAAGAAGCUGGCCAUACUUCUGCCACCGCGAUGGUUUCCGGAGAUGAUCACCACGGUAUCGGACAUGGUCUCAUCGGUCACGGUCUUCUCGGUCACGGUCUGCAUCCAGGCGGCCUAUUAGGCGGCGAUAUGCACUUCCCCGGAGGACUGGGCGGUGGUAUUAUUGGCAGAAAAGCCGCCGUGAAGGCCGCCAAGAAGAAGACCACAUAA